CCAAGUACCACCCCACCAUUGGCCAGCCAGCCGGCUGAGCUAGUCAGUCUCAGCCAAGCAGCUCGUGUGUGCCCAUUGACUCAUCCAUUCCUUUGGGAUAUCCGACACCUUCUUGAUCCCUCUGUCUGCCCUCCUGCAACGACCCUGCGAUAUCCUCACGUCAUUUCCAGUGCUCUUGUUCUCGUGCAGACCAUUGCUGGGGCAGCGCGGGGCACUAUGGCCGCCAAAGUCAUCCUCCCUGAGGAGGGCAAGAAGAACACUCUCAUCACGAGUGCGCUCCCAUACGUAAACAACGUCCCCCAUCUGGGCAACGUUGUUGGCAGUGUCCUGAGUGCCGACGUCUAUUCGAGAUACAGCAAGCUCCGUGACCGCCCGACUCUCUACAUCUGCGGUACGGACGAGUACGGCACUGCGACCGAGACCAAGGCUCUCGAGACCGGCCAGACUCCGCAGGAGCUUUGCGACGAGUUUCACGCCAAGCACAAGGCUGUGUACGACUGGUUCGAGAUUGGCUUCGACUACUUCGGGCGCACCACGACCGACCAUGGAACGAGAAUUGUCCAGGACAUUUUCCUGAAGCUCCACAAGAACGGCUUUCUCGAGGAGCGUACCACCACGCAGCCGUACUGUGAGAAGCACAACGCCUUCCUUGCCGACCGGUUCGUCGAGGGAACCUGCCCAAAGUGCCAGUACGACGAUGCUCGUGGCGACCAAUGCGACAAGUGCGGCAACCUUCUCGACCCCUUCGAACUCAUCAACCCACGCUGCAAGAUCGACAAUGCAACUCCGAUCCCUCGCGACACCAAGCACAUUUUCCUGCGCCUGGACAAGCUCCAGGGCGACAUUGAGUCUUGGUUUGAGAAGUCCAGCAAGGAGGGAGGCUGGCCUGCGAACGGCGUGGCCAUUACCAAGGCAUGGCUCACCCGAGGGCUUGAAGGCCGCAGCAUCACCAGAGAUCUGAAGUGGGGUGUCCCUGUACCGCUUGAGGGCUAUGAGAACAAGGUCAUCUACGUCUGGUUUGAUGCCUGCAUCGGCUACCCGUCCAUCACAGCCAACUACACGGAUCAGUGGGAGAAGUGGUGGAGAGACCCCGAGAACGUCAAGCUCUUCCAGUUCAUGGGCAAGGACAAUGUGCCCUUCCACACCGUCAUUUUCCCUGGCUCGCAGAUCGGCACUGGCGACAAGUGGACGCAGCUCAACCAUCUAUCGACCACGGAGUACCUGAACUACGAGAACACCAAGUUCUCCAAGUCUCGCGGUGUCGGUGUCUUUGGUGACUCGGCCAAGGAGACCGGUGUACCGCCUUCGGUCUGGCGUUACUACCUUCUGAGCAACAGACCGGAGACGAGCGACUCGCAAUUCAUCUGGUCCGACUUCGUCGCGGGCAACAACAACGAGCUGCUUGCCAACCUGGGCAACUUUGUCAACCGUGUGGUCAAGUUCGUCAAUGCCAAGCUCGACAGCACGGUCCCCGAGUUCUCGGCCAGCUACACUGACGACUCAUUCGACUUCCCUGCUUGGAUCGCCGAGGUGAACAAGUUACUGGGCGAGUACAACGACCUGAUGGAGGCGGUUCACCUUCGCUCGGGCAUCAAGAAGGCCCUUGAGAUCAGCAGUCAGGGCAACCUCCUCCUCCAGUACCGUCUCGACAACGCCGCUCUAGCGGAGCACCCGGAGCGGACAAAGACGGUCAUCGGCCUUGCUCUCAACCUGUGCAACCUCUUGGCGUCGAUCGUCUCGCCUUACAUGCCAUCUACAUCAACAGGCAUUCUCGAACAGCUCAAGGUGCCACUGAGCUCCAUUCCGGAUACCUUCAGCCCGGAUGUACUCAAGCCGGGCCACAGUAUUGGCAAGGCCACCUACCUCUUCUCUCGGAUAGAUAGCAAGAAGGUGGACGAGUGGAAGGAGCUGUACGGCGGCAGCCAGGCUACGCGAGCGGCGGAGGCGGCGGCCAAGAAGAAGAAGCAGGAGGACAAGGAGAAGAAGAAGGCCAAGAAGGCUGCGCAGAGGGCUGCCGAGGCUGCGGCCAAGGGACCCGCAGUGCCAGCCGAGAAGCCUGGAGAGAUCAAGAACCUCCCCAUUCGGCAAAAGUUGAUUGACAAGGAGGGCCCGUUGACCACAGAAGCGUCAACGGUGCCGGAGGGCACAGCACCAUCGAAAUAGACCUAGAUGAGAUAGAAAGCUGGCCGGGUUGUCGACCUUUGUGAAAUGGAGCAACACAAAACCGUGGAAAUUACCUUGUGCUCGGCCAAGAGCAGCGUCUGC